AUUUAUUUUUAAAGGAAACUUCUGAGAAGAGCUUAGGACAAUUUUUUUCCCUUGAGUACCAUUUCCUAAAGGUACUCACAGAACAAUAAGGUGUGACUGUAAUGGCUGCACUGAGUUGUCUCUUGGACAGCGUCAGAAGGGACAUAAAGAAGGUGGACAGAGAACUGAGGCAACUGAGAUGCAUCGAUGAGCUGAGCACCCGCUGCCUGUGUGACCUGUAUAUGCACCCAUACUGCUGCUGUGACUUGCACCCGUACCCCUACUGCCUGUGCUAUUCGAAGCGCUCUCGUGCCUGUGGCCUGUGUGAUCUCUAUCCAUGUUGCCUGUGUGACUAUAAGCUCUACUGUCUUCGACCGUCUCUCAGAAGUUUGGAAAGGAAAGCCAUUAGAGCCAUAGAAGAUGAAAAGAGAGAGCUUGCCAAACUCAGAAGGACGACAAACAGACUCCUGGCCUCCUCUUGCUGUAGCAGUAACAUUUUAGGGUCGGUCAACGUGUGCGGCUUUGAACCAGAUCAAGUCAAAGUUCGAGUGAAGGAUGGAAAGGUGUGUGUGUCGGCCGAGCGAGAAAACAGGUACGACUGCCUCGGGUCGAAAAAGUACAGCUACAUGAACAUCUGCAAAGAGUUCAGCCUGCCGCCAUGUGUGGAUGAGAAAGAUGUGACCUACUCCUAUGGGCUCGGCAGCUGCGUCAAGAUUGAGUCUCCGUGCUAUCCUUGUACUUCUCCCUGCAACCCCUGCAGCCCCUGCAGCCCCUGCAGCCCCUGCAACCCCUGCAACCCCUGCAGCCCCUGUAGCCCCUGCAGUCCAUUGUGUGACCCCUGUAGUCCCUGCUAUCCCUGUGGGAGCCGAUUCUCCUGUAAGAAGAUGAUUCUGUAAGGCUUAGAAACCCUUAAGACCUAGGGUGAGUUGGCAGCUCCAGCCAGGCAGCUCUUCCAGUGUUUCUCCCUCGACCCCGGACCCCACCCCUGUCUGUGGCCCGUGUUAUUCGAGUGUAUAGAGAAUUAAAUACAUAACUGCAAUCUGCAA